AUGGAAAUAGCCAGGAGAAAUGCAAUCAUCGAAGGCAAAAUAAGUCAGCGGACUCGCUCAUUAUCAUUGAACGAAGAACUUAAUAAGAAAUACUUGAAGCUGAUCGCUAAUUGGAAACGGAGUCUGAUCGAGGAACCACAUUUGAAUAGGACACCAGAAUCAUUUGGUUUCUGGCUGCCGGAAACUAGCGAAGCCUGCUCCUCCUCAGAUGAGGAAUCCUCUGAGAUCGCUCCGGAUCCGCAUGAGCUAUAUGCGGACUGUGCCGAGCAUCACGAAUUCUUUCCGCGUCUUCCAGUGAUGGUUUGGUCAAGUCUUUACUCCCAUGCCGCCCGAGAACAUGCCAAGGCCGGGCUGCUGGAGCCGGUGCAGCUGGAGAUGCUUGAGGUCGCCAAAGCCGUUGAUGCGAUGGAGACCCUAACGAGCGUAGAGGUCAGGGAUUGUGCUCAAGCACAGCGAAUGGUAUCGAAUAUCACUGUAGCCCAGUACUUUUCCAAUGUAGAGGGUCGGGAGCUAGAUGGUAGAGAGGUGUACCUGAUUUCGUUGCGCAACUUCUGGUUUAGCACGUUGCAAGUGAAAGUUGGCAAACUUUAUCUGCAUGUGGAUCGGUAUGUGUUCUUCCAAUAUCUGAAGGGCUUUGGCGAAUACAAGAGUUGGUCCCUGGAAUUUCCCACUAACAAGGUAUCGAUGAUGCUGUUGUCCCGCAUGUACAAUUGGAUGGUUGCCGGAAUCAAACCGCUGGUACUCGGCCACGACUUUGUUGAGAUGUACCACUUGGCUAAGUAUCUGAAUGUGCAUCACCUGUUGGAGCUCUUCUAUAACUCUCUUUCGAUUCAUAAUGGGGGCGAAGGGGGUGUCUGGGAACAGGAAGCAUUCAGAGGAUACCAGAUAUGUCGUCGUGUGAAAUGCAGCGAUUUGAUGGCCAUAUUUAUGCACCGAAUACAAAAGGUGUUCUUGCCGCUGGUCGCAUCUGAGGAGUUCCUCGCCAUGGAAGCGGGCGAGGUGGCCUAUAUGCUCAAAAUGGACUCGCUAUGCGUGAACAGUGAGGACGAAGUGUUCUUUGCAGCCGUGUACUGGCUAGGGCACAACUGGGAGGAGCGGGAGCAACAUAUGGAGCAGGUCAUGGCCAGUGUGCGUUACUCCAUGUUAUCGCCUUGGCUGCACCACUCCAUUCUCUACAAACCGGAGAACGAGAUAAUCCAGAAGGUGGGCGAAAGCCAUAUGAUUCGCGCCCUGUUAUGGAAAGGCAACUGGGUUAGGCUGGCGACAUUCGCCAAGAUUCAAGAACCGGAGCUUGCCGAUGACGCCCUGGUAAUUCGUGCCAUGCAGGUGAAAGACUACGAUCGGGCAUGGGGCUUCUGUGCAGGCAUUCCCCACCAUCACGCCCCCGAUUGCUGUCGAUUCGCAAAACUCAGCUUUAAGAUGUUCGUAAGAUUCCUUAAUAUGAUGCACAGCCACGCCUUAAGGUAUAUGGCAGAAACACAGUUCGUACCGUAUAAGCAUUUCGAGCCACUCAAAUGCUGCUCCAAACGGGAUUAUGUCAGGACUGUAACCUUUGCAAGAAAAUUUCGAAACAGGCUGGGUAAACUGUUCCCCUUCGAAUUUCGCUAUAAUAUGGACUAA